CCCCACCCACACCACAUGCUUCUAUCAGCAGUUUAGUUUCUCCAUUGGUCCUCAGUGAAGCACCUGCAGAGAGGAAUUAACAUUGAAUAAUAAUGUCUGAAGGUGUGAAUCCUAAAGCUUAUCCAUUGUCAGAUCCCGAACUGACUGUAAAGAUACUUGACCUCCUCCAACAGGCAACCAAUUACAAGCAGAUUAAGAAAGGAGCCAAUGAAGCUACAAAGGCCCUCAAUAGAGGUAUAGCUGAGUUUAUUGUAAUGGCAGCAGACACUGAGCCACUGGAGAUAUUACUACACCUUCCAUUGCUAUGUGAAGACAAGAAUGUCCCGUAUGUGUUUGUCCCUUCCAAGGCUACUUUGGGCAGAGCCUGUGGUGUGUCCAGGCCAGUAAUAGCUUGUGCUGUUACUGUCAAUGAAGGAUCCCAACUGAAACCACAGAUACUGAGCUUACAGCAAUCAAUGGAGAAACUGCUAAUAUGAAGAACAAUAACACAACAAUGUUAAUUGUAAAUAAAAUCAAUAACUGUCAACAAUAAGUCUUGUUUAUUAUUAUUUUAUUGAUCUGUUGAAUAGUUGAUCUUUAAUUAAUUGUCCCAUCAAA